UUCUUUCUUGCCUGAAGCUUCAGAAGGCACUCUUUCGUCUUGGAAUUCUUUCUCAUUGCUCGCGGCCGUUCUUAACGCUUCUCUGGCAAUCGAGGGCAGUGUUAAGAAUUUGAUUGAAAAAGAUGGCAAAUUUCGCGAAACCAGAGAAUGCCUUGAAGCGAGCAGAAGAGUUGAUUAAUGUGGGGCAGAAGCAAGAUGCCUUGCAGGCGCUUCACAAUCUAAUAACUUCAAAGAGAUACAGAGCUUGGCAAAAGCCACUUGAAAGGAUAAUGUUUAAAUAUGUAGAGCUGUGCGUUGAUAUGCGGAAGGGUCGGUUUGCUAAGGAUGGUCUGAUUCAAUACCGUAUUGUAUGUCAGCAAGUGAAUGUUAGUUCUUUGGAGGAGGUUAUCAAGCACUUCAUGCAUCUUUCUACUGAGAAAGCUGAGCAGGCUCGUAAUCAGGCACAAGCCCUAGAAGAAGCUCUUGAUGUUGAUGACCUUGAAGCUGAUAAAAGGCCAGAAGAUUUGAUGCUAAGUUACGUCAGUGGAGAGAAAGGAAAGGAUAGGUCUGAUCGUGAACUUGUUACUCCUUGGUUCAAGUUUCUUUGGGAGACCUACAGAACAGUGCUUGAAAUAUUGCGGAACAAUUCCAAGUUAGAGGCGCUCUAUGCGAUGACAGCACAUCGAGCGUUCCAGUUCUGCAAGCAGUAUAAACGGACUACUGAGUUUCGAAGGUUGUGUGAGAUUAUAAGGAAUCAUUUAGCAAAUCUAAAUAAAUAUAAAGACCAGAGGGACCGACCUGACCUGUCGGCACCAGAGAGCUUGCAACUUUAUCUGGAUACUAGAUUUGAGCAGCUAAAGAUUGCUACUGAACUUGGACUUUGGCAGGAAGCUUUUCGUUCUGUUGAAGAUAUUCAUGGAUUGAUGUCCAUUGUCAAGAAAACUCCCAAGGCUUCCUUGAUGGUGGUUUAUUAUGCUAAGUUAACUGAAAUAUUCUGGAUUUCAGGCAGCCAUCUUUAUCAUGCUUAUGCAUGGUUCAAGCUAUUUACACUACAAAAAAGUUUUAAUAAAAACUUAAGCCAGAAGGAUUUGCAGUUGAUAGCAUCGUCAGUCGUUUUAGCUGCACUGUCAGUCGCUCCUUAUGAUCAAACACAUGGUGCAUCACACUUGGAACUUGAAAAUGAGAAAGAACGCAACCUUCGAAUGGCAAAUCUUAUAGGAUUUAAUCUUGAGCCUAAACUUGAGAACAGAGAUGUGUUUUCAAGGUCAUCACUUCUCACAGAACUGGUCUCAAAAGGUGUACUUAGUUGUGCGACUCAAGAAGUGAAAGAUCUUUACCAUCUUUUAGAACUUGAGUUUCUCCCUCUGGAUGUUGUUUCGAAGAUACAGCCAUUGUUGAUGAAAAUAUCAAAACUUGGUGGGAAGCUGGCUUCAGCUUCAUCUGUACCAGAAGUUCAACUCUCUCAAUAUGGUCCUGCCCUUGAAAAGCUUGCCACCCUCAGGUUGCUUAAGCAGGUGUCCCAGGUUUACCAGACAAUGAAAAUUGAGAGUUUGUCUCAGAUUAUCCCCUUUUUUGAUUUUUCUGUGGUGGAAAAGAUUUCCGUUGAUGCUGUGAAACAUAGUUUUAUAGCCAUGAAAUUUGACCACAUGAAGGGUGUUGUACUGUUUGGUAAUAUGGGUCUUGAAUCUGACAAGCUUCGUGAUCACCUGACUCUUCUUGCUGAAUCUUUGAAUAAAGCAAGUGCCAUGAUAUACCCCUCUACCAAGAAAGCAUCAAAGCUGAGUGAAGUUUUACCGGGUUUAGGGGAGAUCGUUGAUAAGGAACACAAAAGGCUUCUAGCACGGAAAUCAAUCAUCGAGAAAAGAAAGGAAGAACAAGAACGUCAACUAUUGGAACUGGAACGUGAGGAGGAGUCAAAGAGGCAGAUGCUGCAGAAGAAAACUGAAGAAGCUGAAAAAAAGAGGCUUGCUGCUGUGUUUGAGCAACAGCGAGCUGAAAGAAUUCGUAAGGAAAUAGAGGAGCGAGAGCUUGAAGAGGCACAGGCAUUACUACAGGAAACUGAAAAGCAUUUAAAACGAGGGAAAAAGAAGCCAAUUUUAGAUGGGGAGAAAUUGACAAAGGAAACCUUGAUUGAGCGGGCGAUGAGUGAGCAGCUCAAGGAGAGGCAGGAACAGGAGAAGAGACUACAAAAAGUUGCCAAAACAAUGGAUCAUCUGGAAAGGGCAAAGAGAGAGGAAGCAGCGCCCUUGAUUGAAUCUGCUUUUGAACGACGAUUGGUAGAAGAAACGGUGCUUCAUGAACGUGAGCAACAGCUGGAAGUCGAGUUGAGCAGACAGCGCCAUGAUGGGGACUUGAAAGAGAAGAAUAGGCUGGCCCGCAUGUUAGAAAACAAGUUGAUAUUCCAGGAAAGAGUAAUGAGUCGUCGGCAAGCUGAGUUUGACCAACGAAGAGUAGAGAGGGAGGAGAGAAUCAAACAAAUCAUUCUGGCACGGAAGCAAGAAAGAGAGAUCAAGAGAAAGAAAAUAUUCUAUGUGAGGUCUGAAGAGGAGAGAAUAAGAAAGCUGCGUGAAGAGGAGGAAGCUCGUAAACGUGAAGAGGCUGAGAGACAAAGGAAAGAAGAAGCUGAAUACAAAGCAAAAAUGGAUGAGAUUGCUGAAAAACAGAGGCAAAGGGAAAGAGAAUUGGAAGAGAAAGAGAGGCUGAGGCGAGAAGCUCUCUUGGGAAGGUCAACAGAGGGGCUUUCUAGGCCUUCUGAGCUUCCCGCUGGGUCCUGCACAGAGUCUGGAGUUGCUGCUUCAGCUCCAUCUUCUGGGAAAUAUGUUCCUAGGUUCCGGCGAGAAAGACCGGAAAGCUCUGGUCCGGCUCCACCUUCAGAACCUGAUCGCUGGACCAGGCCUGCACCGUCAGAAUCUGAUCGACGGCCUGCUGGCAGCAGGGCCACUCCACUGCAAUCUGAUCGCUGGACUAGUGGCGGCAGAGUUCCAACUCAGGAUUCUGAUCGUUUAGGCAGUGGUGGUAGCAGGGCCCUUGCUUCAGAUUCUGAUCGUUUGGGUGGUGCUGGCAGCAGCAGCAAGGCAGAACCCUGGCGUCCUUCAAGAGUCAGGAACCAACAACGUGGUUGAUCCAACUUGUGAUCUUCAAGGGGUGUGCUGAAAUGCAAAUUUUGUACCAAAUUAUUUAUGGUUGUCGGUGACACAUGACAACUUGAGCAUAUUAUUUGAUGAGGACUUUUUAGGCUUGGUUGAGUUGCAUUAUGUUUUUUUCCUCGUCUUGAUCGAUUACUACUUUUUGUAUUGCUACUAGGCUGAGGAAUAUCUAGUCAUGUAAACCAUUGAGACAUGUUCAGUGUGAAUUUUGUUUAUUAACUGCUGAAAGUUUAGUUAUGUUUUGCGUUAGUUUCUGCUGCAUAGAUAAGUUUUGGCUUUUGAGUGGAAGAUUAGAUAGUUAUUCUGAGGAGUUCAUCGCCUUUUAUAGGCAUGGACAUGGUGCAUUGCCAACGUUGUAACAUUUUUACCCUGUAAUUUACCCCUUGCAGGAAGAAUACGCUUUAUAAAGACUGGUGAAGGUCUCAGCAAUAUAUCCUUUGGUGACCUGCGUAAGGUUUCCUCCCUUUCUAACAUUUGUGAGAUGUGACUAAUGGUAUACCAGCCAUGUGCUACUGACGUACUUUCAAAUUUUGAUUGAAUUUUCCGUACAAGUGGAAAGCCCAAUCCCUUCCUGUAACCCUGUAAUCCCAUCAUCCUUGCACAAGGUGGUCUUUUGAUCCUAAGUUCUUGGAACUACUAUCAAAGGACUUCACAGGUCACCAUCUUAGUUAGCUUGCCCUUCUGUAUCUUGAAUCUUUUGCCUGACUUUUUUGUGGCAGGAGAGGGAUUGCUGUAGUUUGGUAUCUAGGGGCAUAUUCUAGGAAUGUUUUCACCGAAAGUUGGAGCAGCUGAAGCUUUUAACUUUGUAUAGAAAGAAGAAGAAGACUUCAAUUAUUUUAGGCUUUCUGCUAACUGUGCCAAGACAGAAUUAAUGCUUGGUUCUCGUAGUUUCUAUGAAUCACUUGGUCAUUAUACUGCUUUUUUGUUUAAAACCUUCU